AUGUACCGUGCACAGUUCCAGUGGGCUGAAGAUGACUUCGACCUGCCUGAGGGGGUAGGUCGACUGGGCCUCUCGGCACCAGUUGAAGGUAGAAGCUAUGUCAUGUUCCACGGCACCACCAGUGCAAGUGCUGAUCUCAUCAUGCGCUCAGGUUUUCGCCGGUCUCCAGUCGGGAUGCUCGGCCCAGGCGUCUACCUCAGCAGAGAUCUGGAGAAAGCUAGCCGCUAUCCCAUUGAUCACCCUGAGCAUGACAGAGUCGUCAUUAAAGUCUCGGUCAAUGUGGGGAAAGUGAUCGCCAUCAAUUAUCAGGGCCACCCACGUCAGAAGACCUGGCAGGACCCCAGAUACGGCCCGGUGUUCGACACCGCAUGGGUACCUCCUAAUUGUGGAAUGGUGAAGAGCGGUUUGGAGGAGGAUUGUGUCUGGGAUCCCAAUCGAAUCAAAAUCAUUAGUAAGAUCAAACCACUUGCCUUGCAACCACGACCAUUCCUAACUGCCAGCCAACUACAACAAAUCCCACAUAUUGACAUGUCCGCUUUAGGUGGUUAUCCAAGAGGAAAAGACCAACACAACACUAGAGAGAGUGAUACUGAGACCAACAUGUACCAGCAACAGCAGUUCCAAUGGGUUGAAGAUACCUUUUCUCUGCCCAUGGGAGUAGGUCGACUGGGCCUCUCAGAGUCAGUUGAAUGUCAACAGUACGUCAUGUAUCACGGCACCAACAGGGCAAACAUCGCAUCCAUCCUGACCUAUGGUUUUCACCGGUCUGAUGACGGGUUGCUUGGCUCAGGCGUCUACCUCAGCAGUGAUCUGAAGAAAGCGCGCUACUAUCCCAAUGGUCACCCUGAGUAUGACAAAGUUGUCAUCAAGGUCUUGGUUGACGUAGGGAGAGUGAUCACCAUCAGCGAUAUGGACCACCCACGUCGGAAGACCUGGCAGGACCCCAAAUACGGUGAGGUGUUCGACACUGCCUGGAUACCUCCAGGGUGUGGAUUGGUGAGGGAGGUGGAUUGUGUCUGGGAUCCCAAUCGAAUCACAAUCCUUCAUAUAAUCGAACAAACGAAACUGAGGUUCUUUAUCUUGGACUCAUCUAAAAAACCAUUGAUUCACAAUCUGCCUGCACUCAGGGACCAACACAAGACUGUAGACAGUAACAUCGAGACCAACAUGCCCCGUAAAAAAAAGUUCCAGUGGGCUGAGAAUGACUUUGACCUACCUGAGGGAGUAGGUCGACUGGGCCUCUCAGGAGAUGAUGCGCCAGUUGAUGGUAAAAAGUACAUCAUGUACCACGGCACCUCCAGUGCAAAUGCUGCAGCCAUCAUGGCCUAUGGUUUCCGCUGGUCUAAAGAUGGGAUGCUUGGCUCAGGCGUCUACCUCAGCAGAGAUGUGAAGAAAGCUAGCUACUAUCCCAACGGUCACCCUAAGUAUGACAAAGUCAUCUUUAAGGUCUUGGUUGAUGUGGGGAAAGUGAGCACCAUCACUAAUAUGGACCACCCACGUCGGAAGACCUGGCAGGACCCCAGAUACGGUGAGGUGUUUGACACUGCGUGGAUACCUCCCAGGUGUGGAUUGGUGAGGGAGGUGGUUUGUGUCUGGGAUCCCAAUAGAAUCAUAAUCAUUAGUAUACUCAAACCACGUCCAGUCCCACCUGGAUAUAUCAUCCCACCACAACCAGUCCCACGUGGAUAUAUCAUCCCACGUGGAUAUAUCAUCCCACCACAAUGCAUCCCAACUGGACACAGACAUGGAUAUGGUCAUGGACAUGGACAUAGAAAUGGAUAUGGAUAUGGUCCACAGGGCUACAUAGUCCCGAUUCUGAUGUCGAGGUCCGGUGUCAUUGGAGCGAGCAGUCUGGUAAGUGAAUCCUUCGAGUUGGUGACCAUAGCCGAGUCCAAGGCAGACAAAACUGGAGAGAGUGAUACUGAGACCAACAUGUACCAGCAAGCAAAGUUCCAGUGGGCUGAGGAUGACUUUACUCUGCCUGAGGGGGUAGGUCGACUAGGCCUCUCAGCACCAGAUGUUGAUAAAGAGUACGUCAUGUACCACGGCACCACCAGGGCGAAUGCUGCAGCCAUCAUGGGCUCAGGUUUUCACCGGUCUGCAGACGGCAUGCUUGGCCCAGGCGUCUACCUCAGCAGAGAUCUGAAUAAAGCUAGCCGCUAUCCCAUCAAUCACCCUGAUUAUGACAAAGUUGUCAUUGUGGUGUCAGUCAACGUGGGGAAAGUAAUCGCCAUCAAUAAGCAGGACCACCCACUUCAGAGGACCUGGCAUUACUGGGGAUAUGACACCGCCUGGGUACCUCCCAAUUGUGGAAUGGUGCCAAGCGGUUUGGAAGAGGAUUGUGUCUGGGAUCCCAAUCGAAUCACAAUCCUUCGUAUCAUCCAACCACAACCAGCCCAAUCUGGAUAUGGAUUGUGCUAA